CACAAAAAAAAAACCAGCUUAGACAAGUCAGUUUAUUAGCGCACUCUUGACUGGAAUCCAACCAUAUUAUAACGACCCCUUCUUCCUUGCUUUCGGUGUUCAAGCGAUCGCUACGAUCAAUUCUCUCUUGGGUUGUCGAUGGAUCUUUUACUUUAUCCAUCUUCAAUUUCCUUCAAAUCUCACGCCUCCCCGCCACGCCCAAAUUUCCCCAACUUCAAUUCCAAGAAAUCCAGGAACUUCUUGCGGAACCCGCUGAUUUGGCGCCAAAACUGUCGCAUCAGGGCUCAAUCCUCCAAUGGAACUGCCGGCGACGGCUUUGUUCUCGAAGACGUCCCUCACUUGACUGAUUUCCUCCCCGGUUUGCUGUCUUAUCCGAAUCCAUUGCAAAACAGCAAAGCUUAUGCGAUCGUCAGGCAAACUUUUGUAACCCCGGAAGAUGCAGUCGCAGAAAAUAUUGUCGUUCAAAAAGAUAGUCCGAGAGGAGUACAUUUUCGGCGUGCAGGUCCUCGAGAAAAGGUUUAUUUCAAGUCAGAAGAAGUGCGUGCUUGCAUAGUGACAUGUGGGGGUUUAUGCCCGGGGAUCAAUACAGUGAUUCGAGAGCUGGUAUAUGGCUUGAACUACAUGUAUGGAGUUGAUGACAUACUUGGGAUUGAGGGAGGAUACAGAGGCUUUUACUCUAAGAAUACUGUGAGUUUGACGCCUAAACUUGUCAAUGAUAUCCAUAAGCGCGGCGGCACCUUCCUUCGAACUUCACGAGGAGGCCAUGAUACCAAUAAGAUAGUUGAUAACAUUGAGGACCGGGGAAUAAAUCAGGUGUACAUUAUUGGUGGUGAUGGAACCCAGAAGGGAGCAGAUCUAAUUUUCAAGGAAGUUGAGAAACGUGGCCUUCAAGUGGCAGUUGCUGGGAUUCCAAAGACAAUUGAUAAUGAUAUUGCUGUCAUAGACAAAUCUUUUGGUUUUGACACUGCUGUUGAAGAAGCUCAGAGGGCCAUUAAUGCUGCACAUGUGGAGGUUGAAAGUGUGGAAAAUGGAGUUGGAAUAGUUAAGCUUAUGGGCAGAUACAGUGGUUUCAUUGCCAUGUAUGCAACUUUGGCAAGUCGAGACGUGGAUUGUUGUUUGAUUCCAGAAUCCCCAUUCUAUUUGGAGGGUCGGGGUGGACUUUUUGAAUUUGUUGAAGAGCGACUUAAAGAAAAUGGACAUAUAGUUAUUGUUUUAGCAGAAGGAGCAGGGCAGGAUUAUGUUGCCCAGGAGUUACAUCCAAUUGAUGAGAAAGAUGCAUCCGGAAACAGGCUAUUACUAGAUGUUGGUCUAUGGUUAUCUCAAAAGAUUAAGGAUCAUUUUACAAACGUGAGGAAGAUGGCCAUAAAUAUGAAGUAUAUAGAUCCAACAUACAUGAUUCGAGCUAUUCCAAGUAAUGCAGCAGACAAUGUCUACUGUACUCUUCUUGCUCAGAGUGCUGUUCAUGGGGCCAUGGCUGGAUAUACUGGUUUCACCGUUGGACCCGUGAACAGCAGACAUGCUUAUAUUCCAAUUGCUCGUGUGACUGAGACACAAAAUACAGUAAAGCUGACAGAUAGGAUGUGGGCAAGACUUCUGGCAUCAACAAAUCAACCCAGUUUCUUGAACAGCAAUGAGGUGAUCCCAGAAAAAGCUGAUCAAGAGACUAUGGAAGUAGUGAAUGACAUGAGGAUCACCUCAAUCUAGAUACUAUGAAUUUGGGUUCAUAACCAAAUUAAUCAGCUUCAUUGAUUCUUACACUCAUGCUGAGAGCUCUUGAUCUUCCAAUUCUGGCAAGGUUCUUUGGUUGCUCUCCUGCAUGGGGAAUCUCAGUGAGUAUAAAACCACAAGGCAUGGGUGAUUAAGGCUUGGCUUUUAUGAUUGGUAGAUUAAUUCUUGGCUACAUCUUUAGCUUUUAUUAAGUCUUAGCUCAAAUAUCGGUUGAUUAUAAAGCAAGAUUAUAAAUGACUGCGUAGCAAGAUUUCUUAGAUUCAAGUGAUGCGAAUGUAGCUUGACUUAAGAAUAAAGCAAAGCACGUUAUGCUGCUAA